AUGGAAGUCUCUGGAUUGUAAUUGCCAAUCGAGCACAACCCAAGCAUUAACUACGAGCAUAUUAAUUUAAUGUAGACUGCUGGAUGUAACAUUCACAAGCUGAUUGAGCUUAGAAGAGAUAUUCACAAACACCCAGAGGGUGGUUUCCAAGAAUUUGAGACUUAGAAGAAGUUGAAAGCAGCUCUCUUUAGUUACGGCAUAGAAGAGGAGAACAUCAAAGUAGCUGCUAAGACCGGAUUAGUGGUAGAUAUAUAGGGAAAGGGAGAAGUCUAAGCAGAUAAUAAGGGCAUUAAGAUGAUUGCUUUAAGAGCAGAUAUGGAUGCUCUGCCUAUUCCAGAAAACAAUCCAGAUUUGGAAUAUAAGACUACAAAUUCAUGGGCUCAUAUGUGCGGACAUGACGGCCACAUGACCACUCUCUUGGCUGCUGCUUAAGUGAUUGCUAAUAACAGAGACAAAAUGCCAAGCGAUAAAACUGUGAGACUACUGCUUCAGCCUGCUGAAGAAGGUCCUGGUGGAGCUCUUCCAAUGAUAAAGGAAGAUAACUGCUUGUAAGAUGUGGAUGAGGUGUAUGGAUUCCAUAAUGUACCGAAUUUCCUAGAGGGAGAAGUCAGGGUGGUGUCAGGACCUAUAAUGGCCCAAGUCUCAGUUGUGAGAAUCAAUGUAGUAGGCAGAGGAGGACACGGAUCACUUCCACAUCUAGUCAACGACGUCAUCACUGCAUCUGCUUUUAUCCUUAAUAACUUGCACACUAUUAAGUCAAGAUGCAUCCACAACAAGGAGAAUUUUGUAUUUACGAUUUGCCAAGUUGACAGUGGCUUUACUCACAAUGUGUUCCCAGACAAGUCUUUUAUGCAGGGCACCAUCAGAUCUUACAAUAAUGAAGUGCUAAAGAAGAUUAAGGAGAAGAUUGUGUUGAUCGCUGAAACGACUGCUGAGACUUAUGGCUGCAAAGCUACUGUAGAUGUCUUUGACAUGUACCCUGCCACUAUAAACCAUCCCACUGAGACUCAGCACAUUCAAAGACUUGCUAAGCAGCACCUAGGAGAACACUUGCUUAGCGAACAGGACUUACCUCUAACUGCAAGUGAGGACUUUUCAUACUUUUUAGAGGAAAAGCCAGGCUGCUUCUAUAUGCUUGGACUAAAGAGGCCCACUGACAAUACAAACAAGUCCCUUCACACAUCUAACUAUGACUUCAAUGAUGACAUGAUUGCCUAUGGAGGUUACUUUUACACUCGUAUCGUUGAGGACAGACUUGAUGUCAAAUUAUUCUGA